AAAUGAAUCCCAAUUCAAUAAUCCAUCGACGAAAUUGGCUAUUAUUUGAACACACAAUUUAAUAAUGAAUGAAUCAACUCAACUUGCGACAUUAUGUAUAUAAACGAAUUGCCAUCGGAAAUCAUACUUAAUAUUUUUUCAUAUCUUCCUCAAAAGGACUUAAUAAAUGGAGCAUGGCAUGCAUGUAUUUUAUGGCAAGAGCUAAGCCUUUCUCCAAGACUGUGGAGAAACUAUAAUUAUGCGAAAGAUUACAAGAAUUUUUCAUAUUGUUAUUUACACCUUGCAAAGAUAAACCAGCAUGUCAGACAUAUACACAUUCCUUUAUCUGCAUUGGUUGCAUGUUUUACGUUUCCAAAUAUUCAGUGGAAAAAUUUAGAAUCUUUACACGUAAACAACAGAGUAUCUACAUAUCAAUAUUUAGAAACAGUUGUGAAGAAAUUAGGAUUUUUAAAGCACCUUUUCGUUGUGUUUGAACCUAAUACAGACAUACGUCGACAUUUAAACCUUCUUACUCAACUGUCGCUUGUAUCUCUUGACAUAGAAUGGUCUGGAAAUCAGUAUGUAGAUUCACACUUGAUCUCCUUGCUCAGAAAACAACCAAAUUUAAAAUCGCUUACUUUAAAAGGAUGGCACAGUCUGAACGACGAUACGAUUGCAAGAGGUUUAGAAAAGAGUCAAAAUAUUGAAGAAUUACAUUUACUUACUUCGCAAAUUUCAAAUUCUAUCGUCAGUAUUUCUGUACCUCUCUAUAGCUUGACAAAGAUUAUAGUUCGAUCCGAGAUCUUUGAUGAUAGUGGAUUAAGAUUAUUAGCCAAUCGAGCAUCCAGUCUCCGACUUUUAGAUAUUCGAGGAUGCGUACAAACAACAUACAGAGGACUAACUUAUAUAGCUAGGCAUUGUUCGUUACUAAAAUCUGUUCAGUUUGACAAGUUUUUAAACGAGGGUAAUAGUGGUAUUAAUUCGUAUAUUUCUACAUUAUCUGAAUGCUGUCAUAGACUUACACAAUUACAGCUAAUUCGAUUAGAUACAAUAUUUGAAGAUGGAUUGCUGAAUUUGUUUACUUCUGUCAAAUUUCUGCAAUCAGUUACAUUAGAAAAUGCCGAAGAAUUAUCUAACACGUCCCUUUUCUUCGCAGCAAAACAUUGCAUGUAUCUAACAGACAUAUAUCUUAAAAAAUGUCACAUGAUUACUGCUUAUGGUGUAAUAUAUCUUGCAAAGAAUUGUAAACGACUGAAAUCAUUAAACGUUCUGUAUUGCAAUGGUAUCAAAGACGUGUAUGAUGAUAAUAAAAAUAGUGAUUCACAAUCAUUUGAUAUACCUCAUACUAGUACUACUAUUUGUGAUACAAGUACCUACUUCGUGCCUGAAAACGACCCAAUGGAAUGCGAUAAGUCGACAAUGGGAAUGCAGGAUCAUGAUGAGGAGAUAAACGAAUCGCACAACAGAUUAAACGUAAAUGAUUUAAACUGUGAAAAUCAUUCCCAUUUGCUUAAACUCGACCUAACACAGUGUUCAAAUAUAACAACACGAACAGUUCUUUAUUUAGUGAAAAUGUGUUCUGAUCUUAGAGAACUAAACCUAGAUAAUUGUUUUCGUAGCAUAGAGCAUGUGCAGGAAUUAAAAUCGAAAGUAUUUAUGAGCUGCACAUUUUUGAAGAAUAUACAUAUUUAUCCAUUUAACAUUCUGUGAGAGAACUAAUUUAAACUUAUAAAGAAGUUUCUCUAUCGAUGUAAUGUUAUGUGUAUAUUACAUGCAUGCAACAAAGAAAUUGAUAAAUACACAUUGCAAUAUUCUUUUUGCAUUCUUGUGGCCUACUGUUUUUCCGACGUAGUCGGUAUAGUUUCGGUUUGUGCCCUUUAAACUUCAGGACGCUGAUCUAUGGCAACAGAAUACGCAUGCUCGAAAAUCCUUUCUGUGAUUGGACAAAAUGCUGUCAUGGUGGGUGAUUUGGUUGUGUUUAAAAAAACGUCUCGAAAAUUAUAUCGUGAUGAAAAGCAAGUAAAAAACUAUAAAUAUUUGAACUAGAUCUUACAAAGAUUUAUGUUUUUAUUAAAAUAAUUAUUUCUCCAAAAGCUCUUUGCAUCCAUGACAGCUGUUUAUUCGGGACAAUUAUAUAAUUUUUAAUGUAAACUUUGUUGUGCAAUCGUACAUGACUUUUAGAACGCACCUACGCAUGUGAGAUUU